UCUGUCUGUCUGUUUUCGACAUAGAACUUUGCACAAAUGUGCGGAAGUAGCUACAUAGGUAGGUCCAGACUACCUGGCUGUGGUCUUCGUCAGACUAAAAACCCAUAACUUGAGACUGUUGGUUAUAUGGCCUAAACUGUUCUCAAUGGUUCAUAUGCAUCUACUCGUUGCAAUCUCCCAUAUCGAUUAAACCCCUAAGCUUUCCCAUGUCGCCACUAUUCUUUCACUUGUACAUUUGUGUUCAUCAUAUUUGUUUUGCGUUUUUGUUUUUGUUUUCAUUACAUGGACUCUGACUGACUGGCUGGUUUCAAAGUAGAACUAUACACAGAUGUGCAGCAGUUCGAGUUGUCACACUCCAUGUAGCACACAAAACAAGAGAAGAGAUUAAACAGAGAUAAUAAACAGAAUUGUGAGGCGAACAAAGAUAGUAAUAUGGAAGAACAAUAGAAUUUUAUUGGAUAUUAUAAAUCACAAAGAGUGAAUGCAUCUGCUCUAGCUAUUGAGAACUAUUUCCAGGCUUCAUCGGUUUUCACCAUCCUGAGGAUCCCAACCAGUCAGGAAGUCUACACCUCCCUACGUGACUGGCUGACUUAAACUAACUGUUAUGUAUUUCACUGACUGAUGAAGCCAUAUUUUGGUUUGACCACCACUAACUACCUCUUUUCCAACCUGUCAGCUGACAUUGUCUAUUGUCGAGGAAGGCGAUGUCUAGUUAUGCGUAACAUAUGUUCUAACUAUCUCUGUCAAUCGAGGUAACUUCACAACCUCGUCGAUUGAUUUCCACUCCUUACCUAGCACUCGACGCCUAACCAACUAAAUAUUUGCCCACCCUAUUAUACCGUCCAACAUGGGAGGACAGAACGCAGACACCUAUGAUAAAAGACAGCUAGCUAGCCUUUUCAUGUCUCACAGCCAUAAGAGGACAGAGCAAACUGCUGGGCAGUACACACACACAUACACACGCCUUUUGGUCAGCAGUCGGAUACAUUGCGUCUGAAUAAAAUGCCUCAAGGAAAAUUAAAAGUGAAAACUACACUACCUAAAGGUGUUAAAUCUGGGAAAAGUGAAAAAUCUUUACAAAAACAAUCGUGUAAAUCACUUCGUAAAGGAACACAUGAUAUGAAACCGAAAAAAGCAAAAUUGAAAGAAGUUCAUGAAAUGAAAAAGCAUAUUGAAAAAAUGCUUAAAAAAUCAAUUGAAAAACAAGCUAUUGAAAAAGUUUCCGCUUGUGAACCACGUUCAUUAAGUAUUAUUAAAGAAUAA